AAUUGAGUUCCAAGCCAUCGGCCGUCAAAUUGGCCUGCAGAAACACAGCCAGGCCUAGAAGGGUCGAAGACGUCAGAGACGGGCAUUAAGGUUUCCGCGACCCGCGCGGACCAAGUGCCGCUCUCUCCUUGCCGGCCAUGUCCAUCUCCUUACAAGAUGAUGAAUCCUCCCAGCAAGUUUAUUUUCCCUGAUCUUUGUCACGGAAGCUGCAGUUCAAUUCCACAAUUCCACGCAGAGUCUGGCAGACAUGGAGCUGGUGGUAAAGUGGCAGCUCAUGGGCCAGUUAUAGAAUCCGUCGGCUUUUGAGCUCCUUUGCUUCUUUCACAGAUUACCCAGUCGCUAAUCGCCAGUCGAUAUGAGAUUGCUGGCCCCUAUAGACCGACCGAUCUUGGUACGAUGUCACACAACGUCAGUAUCGACACCUCUAACGGCGACUUUUCAUCCGUCACCCCGAGCGACUCAGUCCAGAGAUAUGUCAUCUCUGCAUUUGCUGCCAUCACCUGGUACAAUGCGAUCGAGCUCGUGGUGCUCUGUCUGACGACCUUUCACCGGUACCAGGGAUGCUAUUUCUGGAGCUUGUUCGUCACCUCCGUCAGCCUGAUUCCUCACUGCGUGGGAUACCUGCUUUUUAUCUUCUCCUUUGGAAUCUCUCCUUACAUACCCGUGUCCCUGAUCAUCCCAACAUGGAUCUGCAUCAUCACGGGACAUUCCCUCGUUCUAUGGUCGCGAUUGCAUCUCCUCCUGCAGGCACCAAGGCUGUUGCGGGGCCUCCUCUACAUGAUCAUCCUCGAUUGCAUUUUCCUCCAGAUACCCACCGCAGUCCUUCUCUAUGGAUCCUUGAAUGACACCCCCAACUUCCCCGAGGGGUACGACAUCAUGGAGCGGAUCCAGCUCGUGGCGUUUUCCGUCCAGGAGGCUAUCCUUUCCGGUAUAUACGUGUUGGAAACCAUCAAGAUGCUGCGUCUUCGCCCAGAGCGGCCACGGUUCAUCAUCCUUACCCAGUUGCUCGUCAUCAACAUCUUUAUCCUCAUUCUGGACGUCGCAGUCGUGGCCAUUGAAUACGCUGGAUACUAUGCGUUGCAGGUCAUGUUCAAACCUGUCGCCUAUAGUAUCAAAUUAAAAUUAGAAUAUGCGAUCCUGGGACGGCUGGUCAAGAUCGCUCGCGGGGCGAGUGCGAGUUACGACCCCGACCCAUUAACACCAAGUGCUCGCGGGUUCAACGUUACGGCAUCUGGGUACGAGGACUCGGGCAGCAAUGGUGCAGGCGUCACUGUUGUCCGACAGGUCAACUCCGACCCGUUUAUCAGGCGGUGGUCUGGACAGACUCAUGACAGCUUGGGUCCCUGUUAGGAAGACCCCAGCUCGAUGUGUUAGUAUGUCGCUGACUCCGUGGGACCAGUGCGAAUAUAUUCCGCAAACGUCCAUAAGCCGGCGGUCGUAAGAGUGGACCGAGAAGAGCCGUAAUCAUGACCCUGAAGCCACCGAAUUGCACAGAUACCCAACAAGCCGACUCGGCGCCCUGCGACCAUAUAUUACAAGUGGCGGUAGCCAUAUUGAUAUGGGGUAUCAAGAGAGAGGUAUAUACAGCAGCAAUGCUGUUGUUGCUGGCAAUUCUAGGACUGUUGUGUCUUGGGAACCGGCUAGAAGGUAUAGAAGGCAUAAACCAUCUCAAGGUCCGCUGCUGUGGAGAGAUGCUCCUGUAUACGUCAUAACUAGAUGAUGAGGAUAGAUGAAUCAGAACCCAC